AUGAUCAACGAAGCCCAGCAGCGGACAAUUACCGACCUAACAGUUAAAUUAGACCUCCUACUGAAAACCCAGAUACCUUCCCAUCUAAAUAUUACACAUUCUUCCCAAACACUUCCCAAAAAUCCCAGUAAAGGCAAAGCUGUCAAUCUUAAGAGACCGUUAAAUAAUUCAAACGAUCUUUCCACAGACGACGAUACACUCCCUGACGGUUUUACCAAGGUUAAGCCCCGUAAAACGCGACGAAACAAGACUGAUACGACAGGCUUUCCUCCUCUCACUCCACCAAAGUCGCGGUCUGAAACGUCUCAUUCAACUGCAAGCGACUCGAAUAAACAGCCUGUGCCUAAUCUAUCGGUUACUUCCACGCCUUCGACAUCUCAGGUACCAGAAGACACGACUGCACAGCCCCCACGCAAGGUACGUGUUACCCCCAUCGUUCUUCGCGAUGCUUCGAGAUGGCGAGGCGUAAAUCACAAGUUUAUUUCUUUGGGCAUCAAAUUCGAACGCGCGGUUGCCGUCGAUGCAGGAAUCAGAAUAAUUCCCAAGUCCGAGGAUGAUUACCGCAGGAUUAUUCGUCUCUUCAGGGAGGAAGAGGUGCCCCAUCACACUUUCCCUCUACCCUCGGAGAGGAACAUUCAUGCUAUAAUCAGAGGAGUACAUGCGACACUUUCGGAAAUUGAGAUCAAGGAAGAGUUGCAACAGAGGGGAUAUGUCCCCCUGCACAUAAUUCGCCUGAAGCGCGGUGGCGGCGUGCCCAUGCCUUUGGUGGUAGUCAUACUGCCCAAGAUAGAAAAAUCUCAGCAGGUGUUCAACGAACACGAGCUGCUAGAGCCAGAAGCUUCCUUAAACGUACCAAGUUGGGACGGAGAAGCUUCUGUGACUUCCACAGAUUCAGCUCUGGUUGGUAGCUCAUCUAUGCCCUCCGAUGCAGAACUCUCAAACAAUUUAAUCUUAAAAGAAUCCAGAGCCCCUCCCACAGAAUCUACCAAUGAACCAAUAACUAGGUAG